AUGAGUAACAUAGAAUCCAGCGGACAAACACGUACAUUUUAUAAAGAAAUAGAUGAAAUGAAAGACGAAAAACUAUGGGAAAAUCUUGAUAUUGUUUUUUGUCGUGAAGCUAUGGAAUUUCCAGAUAAUAAAAUUUAUGCAACUAUCAAGAUCGAACCUGAAUCAGCUCGGCGACUUAUUGAAAAAUUUUUUUUAAUUGUUAAUAAGUGUUAUCAAGUUGAAUUUGAUAGUUCUUAUCAAUAUAUAUCAGCAUCAGGUUUCGAUGUAAUAAAACAAGAGAAGCAAAUAGAUGUCAAAAUUCAAGCAAUUCCUCUCAAUAAAGAUUGGCGAAUAAAAGAAUCAAAGUCUUGCUCUUUUUUCUUUAAUGGUCAAAUUUUUGCUUUAAGUCCAAUAAUACGUUUUGAUCCCAAUAAAAACGAUCCUUCAACAUUUAAUGUUAUUAUUAAAUGGUAUCAUAUUGGUGAUCGUUACGCUCAAAAAUAUAUUGUCUGUUUAGACGAGAAAGAAAUUCAUUAUGUAAAUUUAUUUACUAAAUUUUUGUUUAUUGAAUAG